UCAGAGUCGUUUAAUGAUUACUUAAGGUGUCCCUCAGUAACGAUUUGAAAAAAUUCCCUCUCAGAGUCAGCUAAUGUUUCAUUAACGGCAUUUAAUGAACAUUAAAGUUGAGUAAAGAAAAACCUUCACUUAACUUUUUAACGAGAGAUUUUGACAAUCUUUUGUUUAUUAUUUUAUUAUUUUCGUUUGAAUUUGUGUUAGAUUUUUAAAAUAGUGGAAAAAUGUCCGAUCUAGAAGACUUCAUGGACUUUGCGGAUUAUGUAAGAAGGCACAGGGAAGUGGGAUUGAGGCGCUAUCUUCGAGAUUAUUCUGAUCCUUUCACGAAGUACUCAAAUCGGGAAUUCCAUGCACGAUAUAGAUUUACGCCUGAAACUAUUAAGAAUGUUAUUUUGCCUUUGGUGUCUUCUGAGUUGGAUAAGCCAACCAGAAGAGGAUUACCAUUUCACCCGGAAAUAAUGUUAUUGGUAACACUUCGAUAUUAUGCCACUGGCAGUUUUCAGAAACUGGAUGGAGAUGUGAUGAACAUAUGUCAACAGUCAGUUUCGCGAAUAAUUUUUCAAGUCUCUACUUCAAUAGCGCGAAAAACCAAAGACCUCGUUAAAUUUCCAUCUACUGCAGAAGAAUUUAAUAGAGUAAAGCAACAGUUUUAUGAAUUGGCUCAUUUUCCUGGAGUAAUUGCGUGCGUAGAUUGCACACAUAUUAAAAUAAGAAGCCCAGGAGGAUUAUCUGCUGAGGUAUACAGAAAUAGGAAAGGGUGGUUCUCUAUCAAUGUACAAGCAGUCACUGGUCCAAACUUGGAAUUUUUUGAUUUAGUAGUUCGUUGGCCUGGGAGUACGCACGAUAGCUUUAUAUAUAACAGCAGUUCGGUUAAGCAAAGAUUCAAUAGCGGGGAAUUAAAAGGAAUACUCUUAGGUGACAGUGGAUAUGCUGUCAGUAAUUUGCUUUUAACUCCGUUUUUAUCACCAAGCUCAACUCCACAAAAGGAGUACAAUAAAAGCCACAUUAAAACAAGAAACACUGUGGAAAGAUGUUUUGGAGUUUGGAAGCGAAGAUUCCCCUGCCUUCACGUUGGAAUGGGUAUUAAGCUGGAGACCGUUGUAGCUGUUAUAUGCGCAUGUGCAGCAUUGCAUAACAUUUCCAUCUUAGUAGAUGACUUGCUACCAGUCAGCUCUGAUAACAUCGAAACUUUUAAUGUCGAAGCCUCACCAAUCAAUGAAAACUCCAACAGCAACGGUUUUAUUGCGCGUCAAUCUCUGGUAGACAGAUUUUUUUCCUAAGAUCUUUUGCUACAAAUAAAAGUCUUUAGAUGUUGAAAUAUUAACUAUGUCUUUAAUUUAUUGAACGAUUUUUUUUUGCCUCUUCAAAAUCUAUUUUAGCCUUUUGUAGUAAUACUUGGUUUUUUUGCUCUUCCAACAAGGCUGCUCUUUUUUUUAUUUGCUCAACUUCCAACUGUAAAAGAAAAUAUGCAUAUACAAAUAUUUAGCUUUACCAAUGCAUAGUUAUUAUAUACCUGUGUUUUGACUAAUUCAAGCUUAAGCUUCUCUCUCUUCUCUAGGUACCUUACCCGUAAUGCUGCCUCCCGCCGAACGUAGUCGCUUGGUCUGCGUACUUGCUCCUUUUCCACUUUUUGUUGGUGGCCAGUUUCAUUACUGUGUACUAUGUAGUUAAAAAGCAGCGAAAAGAAUUUUAGUAUAUCGUAGAUGACUUCUUUCGUAUUUUAUAGGUACAGUACCUGCAACAUUUGGUUCACCUUCAUAAUUUAUGCUUAUGGCUUUGAAGUUUACGUCGGAUUCCUCAUUUGCUUCCGUGAUCAUAUCUAAAAAAUGUUGGUUAAAAAGUGAUUUGCCUUAUAUCUUAAAGGACAUACCUAAAAACUCAAUGGAGCUAGAUUGGCUAUUUUCCAUGUUUAGCAAAAUUGCCCCAUCGCUGUCAAAGUUGUUGGAGAUUUCGCAAAUCAUUGCGGGAGCAGCCUAAUAAUUAAAUUUUAUGACGACAAGACAGUAUGAAGAUAAUAGUUAAGUCCCUAACAGCGCACUUAUACGAUAUGAAUGUAUUUACAUAUCGAUGGUCCUGUACAACAACGACACAAUUCAAAAUUCAAAAAAAUAUAAAAACUGUUACUACUGUUAAGUGACUCAUGUAUUUAAUCCUUGUCGAAUCCAUGUCUCAUCUUUUGUACUUACUUUAACAAUCCUUACUGCUUACUUUAGUAAGGGAUGGAAAUGGAUUA